AACAGCAAGCGUGGACUGAGAAUUGGGAACAGCCACAGUCAGCAGGUGACCAGCAGAGCUGCGGAGGGCCCAGCCAGGAUGUUCGGGAUAUUCAGCAUCUGGAGCACCUUCAGCAGUGUGGUCUUCUACCUGAGCCUCGCCAUCAGCCUGGCCGGGCUGGUGGGCAACGCGCUUCUGCUGUGGUACCUCGGGCUCCACAUCGGGAAGGGCCCUUUCAACACCUACCUGCUGCACCUGGCGGCGGCUGACCUCCUCUUCCUGGGCUGCCAGGUGGGCUUCUCCAUCACGCAGGUGGCCAUGGGCUCCGAGCACGCGCUCCACUUCCCGGUCACCUUCCUGUGGUUCGCCGUGGGGCUCUGGCUGCUGGCAGCCUUCAGCCUGGAGUGCUGCCUCGCUCACCUGCUGCCUUCGUGCAGCCGCUCUGGCUGCCGCCCCAGGAACACCUCGGUGGUCGUCUGCAUCCUGAUCUGGGCGCUGACCAUGCCAGCCGUGCUGUUGCCAGCCAACGCCUGCGGAUUGUUGCACAACAGCAUGCGCCUGCUGGCCUGUCUCAGCUACCACUGGACCAGCGUCAUCUGGCUGGUGGUGCUGGGGAGCGUGGCCUGCGGGGCCAGCAUGGUUCUCUUCACCCACGUGACCUGCUGCUUCUUGCAGCAGCCCCCCAAAUUCUACAGAGUGGUCCGGUGCUCAGGGGCCCUGGUCUUCUUCUGCCGCCUGCCCCUGGUCUCCUACUGGAGCCUGCGGCCGGCCCUAAACUUCCUGCUCCCCAUCUUCCAGCCCCUGGCCACCCUCCUGGCCUGCAUAGACAGCAGCUCCAAGCCCCUCUUGUACUACUUGGAGGGCCGGCAGCUCGGAAAGCGGGAACCACUGCGGGUAGUCCUGAACAGGGCCCUAGGGGAGGAGUCCCAGCUGAGCCCUGGGGGGCUGUCCCUGCCUAUGAGCCAAGUGUAG